UUUGCGGUCAUCAGCAUUCAAAUUUGGUCUGAUCAGUACGUCAGCAAAAACGGUUCUCACAUCUGUUGUGGGAGAAGUUCAACUUUACGUUCUUGAUACAUCUUGAGCUUACCGACUUCAUCUGAUUCACGUUGAGAUGGCCCACGUGCUCACAAUUUCGGGUGACAUGUUUCCUCAUUGGACCGAAAUUGUAUUUACUGUAUUCUUUUUAUUGGGAUUCCUGCUUCUUCGAACUGGGCGGUUGGGAAAAUUUGGAGCCGUCAAAUCAAAAAAAAUCAAUUAUCCCAUCGCCCAAAAACCGUUCCCGGACUUCAGCGAGAAGUUGCGGACCAAAAUUGAAGAGGAGGCAACAGCUGAGAAUUGGCUGAAUGUCUUGAAGGCCUGGCGAAAAGAACACGAUGAUGCCUUGACACCAAAGGACGUCUUGAGACCAGUCGCACGAGCAUUCCUUGAAGUGGAUCCGGAUGCUCUUGCCAAGGAGAUAGCGUCACAUUUGAAGAGGCACUGGCAGCCUCAGUGGCACUGGAAGGCUGUGGCUCUGCCUGUCCUGGACGUGCUGGCUCGCGCGGGUGAAACAUCAUUGAUGGAGGAAUUCUGGCAGAAGUUGCCGCAUGAGAAAGGCGCCAAGUACAGCCACCGCCUAUAUGAUGUGCUCAUCGGCGGCUUUGCAAGUGCAGGUCAAGUGGACAAGGUCAAACACUACGAGGGAGUCAUCAGACGUCAGCGACUUCGAUUGUCAGCUCGAGGCUUCUCAUUGGUCAUCAAGGGCUACUUGAAGAACCGCUUUGUUGACGAGGUUUUUGAGAAGCUGUUGGAGAUGCGGAAGAGUGGCUAUGAGAUUCCAUCGUUUGCCAUGGCUCAAUUUUUCCGAGUGUCUUCUGAGGCUGGCAGGAGCGAAGAGUUUGUUGAUGACGCAAUGGAGAACUUGGAAAUGUCCAUUGAGGCGUACAUGGUUCUCUUGGAUGAAGGUGGUCGAGCUGGAAAUCUGGCUUUCGUGGAGAAGGUGGAGAAAUCUGUGAGAACAGCCUACACGGCAGUUCCGCCUCCCCUCGCCGAAGAAUUUAUCAAGUUUUACAUGACUCGAUGUCAAGAGAAAGCCAUUGCGAUGUUCAAGGCGGGUCAACGCUAUGAGUGGAGCGAGAUGUUCGUUGUGAGGCUGCUGGCCCGCUGUGCUAAAAACAAAUUUCUGAUCUUUGCAGAGGAGAUUAUGAUGUACGCCCAGAAGUCCAACGCGAUGACAUUGUCCAUCUACAGCGCCUUGAUGAAGGUUUACGCUUUUUCCGGUUUGUAUGAGAGAGCUUGCGACCUCUAUGAAGACAUUCAGAAGGAUGGUAUCGAACCAGAUUCAAUUAUGUAUGGUUGUCUUAUGAAGUUUGCCAUGGAGUGUGGACGUACUUCCUUGCUGAAUGAUUUGGCAGCCAAAGUAUCACAACUAUCACAACUGGACAUUCAGCACUACAUGACCAUGAUUCGUGCUGCUGGAAGCGAACAUCGUGUGGAUCGAGCGUUUGCAAUCUUUGAGCAGCUGAAAAAAACGAUAUCUCCUGACAUCGCAGCCUACAACUCUCUGCUGGAUGUUUGUUGCCGAGCUGGUGAUAUGACAAAGGCCAAAGAGUUGACAGAGGAGAUGCGGCAGAUCGGCAUGGUGGACAGUAUCACAUACAACACCCUAUUCAAGGGUCUUCUUGAUGUUGGAGACAUGAAAGCCGCCAGAAGGCUCCAGCAAGAGAUGACCGAAGCAGGUGUUCCUCCCAAUGAUGUGUCCCACAAUUGUUUAAUCAAUGCUGCAGUGAAGGCAGGCAACCUUUCGGAAGCUUGGGAAUUGGUGCAUGCCAUGGAAUCGCAUGGAAUUGCUCCCGAUCGCUACACGGUCUCCACGAUGAUGAAGACACUGAGGAAAGACACGCCACCUGGACACGCGCAAAAGUGCUUCGACCUCCUUGGUCGUUCUGGCGUCGAACUGUGUCAGGAUGAGAUCCUUUUGAACAUCGUGCUCGAGACGUCAGCUCGGAAUAAAGACUUCAAGAGAAUUGAAUGGACCCUGGAGUGCUUUGAAACAUCAAAGAUGAGUCCAUCAACUCCAACCUAUGGAUCCUUAAUCAAAGCCUACGGAAUGUUGAAGCGUCCAAAGAAGUGCUGGCAGAUGUGGAAGGAGAUGACUGAGCUAAGAGGGUUGAAACCAACAGAUAUCGUAAUUGGUUGUAUGCUAGAUGCUUUAGUCUGCAACAGCCUGGUGGAUGAUGCCGAACAGAUUUUUGCUGAGCAGUCAUAUCCCCCGAAUGUGAUUCUGUAUUCCAUCAUCUUCAAAGGCCUGUCUUGCAGCCACCGGCCGAAGAGAGCAAUGGAUCUGUGGCGAAAUAUGCGCAAGCAGGGCCUCAAGAUGAGCACGGUGGGCUACAACUCUAUUCUUGAUUCCCAGGCUCGCCAGGGAAACAUGGAGGAGAUGUUUGAAAUCUUGGAAGCCAUGGACGAGGAAGCCAUAGAGCCAGACAGCGUCACUCAUUCCAUCAUCGUGAAAACCUAUUGCGUGAGGGGCGACUUCCAAAAUGCAAUGCAAGCCAUCCGAAACAUGCAGGAUUCCAAGGUGGAACAUGAUGCGGUCGUGUACAACACCUGCCUUGAUGCCUGCUCGAAGAAAGGCAAGCUGGACUUGGUGGAGACGCUGAUAAAGGACAUGAUCCAGCACAACGUUCCUCCGACAAACUUUACUCUUGGCAUUGUGGUCAAAGCUUAUGGACGCGCAAAGCAAUUGGAGAAGGCCUUCCAGAUGGUGGAAGCGUUGCCAAAGAUUGGCAAGUUCAAGCCCAACGGCCAGGUUUGGUUCAGCCUAAUGCUCUCUUGCAUCAACAAUGGUGCGCCGAAAGAGGCCGUAGCAGUUUUCUAUGAGAUGCAAGAGCUGGGCCAUGAAGUUGAUGGCAAAGCCUACCAGGUCCUGAUUUCUGGCUUGGUGAAGACUGGCAGUCUGAGAGAAGCUGUAGCGCUGGUGGACGAGGCCUACGGACUCCGGCACCCAAAAAGAAAGUGCUCCAGCUUGAAACUCGAUAGCGAAUGCAUGGAGGCCCUGUUUGCCGCGAUUUUCCGAGGGGAUUUAAGGCUUGAAUUGGGUCUGCCGCUCCUGGAACGUUUGCGGGCGGCGCAGCUACCAGUGAGCUCUAAAUCGUUGCGCGUGCGUUCGCAAAUAAUUGAGAUGUCAAGGUGUGACAAUGGUCCACGCUUGAAUCACACGGAUAUGUACCGGUUUUGCCUUGCGGCACUGUAGUCGGAGCAGGGCACAAGUGUCCUAGCCUUUCUUUCCUCGACUGAUGUCGGUUCUGUUAAGUGUUCAACACAUUGCGAUGCACAGAACUCACUGUUCAUCUGCGUUCGGAACGAAAA